CCCGAUUCCGAGCCGGACGACAUAAUACAUAUGUAGUACGUAGUAUGUAUAUUGAUCAUAUCGUAUUCAACUACCUGACCAUUAAAUCCUUUUAUAUUCCACUCCGACUCUACCUGAGAAUUCCAAUAGCACAGUCUUGCCCCUCUACUAUCAUUAUGGCAACUCACUACGCAGCCGUGGCCGUCGGAAAAGCGCUGCCUCUUGAAGUCCGCAAGCGAAAGACGCCAAAGCCCGGUCCUGCCGAACUCCUAGUUGAGGUCAAAUCCGUCGCUCUGAACCCAAUAGAUUGCAAAACACAUAAUUUAGGCUUUGCUUUAGCUGGAUACCCUGCUGUCUUUGGCUCGGAUGUCGGUGGCGUAGUCGUUCAAGCUGGUUCCGACGUGUCCGACGUGUUCAAGCCGGGAACUCGCGUUACCGCUUUUGCGCCGUCCUACUUUGUUCAAGGCGCACCUGACUAUGGUGCCUUCCAACAGAGAUCCAUAAUCCCAGCCGCGAAUGCCUGUACAAUUCCGGACCAUAUAUCGUUCAAUGAGGCCGCUACUUUCCCCAUGGCCGUUGCCACAGCCUGGUCCGGACUGGAGACCCUUGGUGUUUCGCGCGAUGCUUCUUAUUCCGGGAGCGAUAAGCAAGGAAUUUUAGUGUGGGGUGGAUCGUCUAGUGUUGGCAGUAUGACGGUACAGGUCGCCCGGUCAUUAGGCUUUACCGUCUACGCUACUGCGAGCGCGAAACACCACGAGUAUAUCAUGUCGUUGGGCGCAUCAAGGGUAUUCGAUUACAAGGCCCCUGAUGUGGAAGACGCCGUCAUCAAAGCCGCUAAGGAAGACGGACUCACAUUCCAGUACGGCUACGACGCAGUGGGCGCUCUGCUACCCUGUCAUAACAUUCUCAAACUAAUGAAGGGAGACGGAAUCGCCCACCUGGCAUCUGCACCUCCGUUAAAGCCAGGAGACCCUACCGGAGAAGGGGUCGAAGUCAAGUUUGUGGCCACUUCCACCGACGAAAAAGAGCGAGCCGGGCAGUUCUCAUUCUGGUUCAACAUCUGGUUGAAGGAGAAGCUGGAGAAGGGUGAAAUAGUCUCAUGUCCCCAAGAAAUCCAAUUGGUUGAUGGGGGUUUACAAGGUAUUAACCAAGGCUUGGGUAUCUUAAAAGCGGGUGUCAGCUGCACCAAACUAGUCAUAGAGAUCUAGCCUUAGGUUUGGGCGAUACUUCGAUACGGAUUACACGACACGAAUAUCUAAAAGAAGUCUACAAGAUAGGGAGGCAACCAGAUGCCGUUAUAUUAUCUACCUAAGGUUGGUAUCUGACCAUCGAGGCACCUACCUAGGAAUAUACCUAGGUCGACACCUAGAAGGAUAGGUAAUUUCUAUGAUAAGUGCUGACUACGGUAGCGUAAUGAUUGGUGACACUAUAGAUAUAAUUCCGAAAUACCAUCAUCGGAUCUUAAACAUAUCAAAACUAAGCUUCCAGCC